GUGAGCUGCCAGUCAGACGAUUGUUUUUAUCAGCUGUGUCUCAUUUGCCUGCCUGCCAAAAUAGAAUAAGAACGACAAAACGUAACGAACGCGAAACGCAAACGCAAAAAAGAAAGUAAACACAUCAGCAAAUACAUUCCAUACUGGUUAAAACACAACAUGUAAUGGCCAAAACUAUCAAGAGGCAGCAACAACAACUAAACUGAGCACUGCGACAGGUAAACAAACCAGCGAAAAGAGCGUUCGCAGGUGGAGACGAUGACGUCGAUGGCAAUGUCGACGUCAACGACGAAGACGACGGCGACAGAGGGUGGCAACUGCCAGUUGCAGUUGCAGCAGUGCGUGCGUGGAAAUGUCCCUUGGCAGGAGCUGCCAGUGCAUCUGCGCUCCGUGUUGCACAACAACCAGCGCGACUAUGAGAAAUACGUAUUCAAUUACAGCUUGAAGAAUCAGCUUCGCUUCCGAGGCAAUCUCGUCUCGAAGGUUUUUCGGCAGGAGCAGCGCUACUACGAGUUGCUCAUCCAGAAGAAUAUCAAUAGCCUGGGCGUAUUUCCCUAUCAUCUCGCCGAUAUUGUGACCAAGGGUCUCCGUGUGACGCCCUUCAACUAUUACCUAGAUGUGCUCAGCCAGCUGCUGCGCAGCGACAAGAGCUACGACACGCUGCCCAAUUUCACAGCUGCGGACUGUCUGCGAGUCCUGGGCAUUGGACGCAAUGAGUAUCUGGCGCUAAUUAGCGAAUUGAAAACCCACACGCCGCGCACGCUGCUCUUCAGUGCCAAACCGAAUCCGCUGGACUUUCUGCCACGUCUGCCCGUGCACAUUCAUAUGGAGCCCUGGUGGCGCCUGGACAUUGGCUAUGUCCUGGAGUCAGACAUACGCCUCGUGACGCCUGCCGAGCGCAGCCUGCUGGACGAUCUCAUCGACUUUGGCGCCCAGCCAGCGGGCAAAUGCGACUACCAGGUGGUGCAGAGCCUCUAUCGCAAGGGACUCAUCUAUCUGGAUGUGCCCAUUAGCGGUGAGGAUCGCAUUUGCAUUCCACCGCUGCGCAAUUUUGUCAUGAAUCGCGUCAGCGGUGAUUACUUUGAGAAUCUGCUCUACAAGAUCUUCGUGAGCGCCGACGAGCACAUGAGCAUUGCGGAGCUGGCGCAGAUGCUGCAACUGGAGUUGGAUAGCGUGAAGCAGGCGAUCAGCUUCAUCUGCCGGCUCGGCUUUGCUCAGCGCAAACAGACGGAGCACGACUCGGCACAGCAUCACGCCAGCUGGGCGGCCUACAACGAGCAGCAGCCGCCGCAGACGCCGCAAAUAACGCCGCUCAACUACAACAUGUACGCUCAAACUUUCGAGUUCGAGCAGCAGCAGCAGCAGUCGAGUCCCAAAACGCCCAAGCAGGAGAAGGACAAAGAUAGCGACAAGGAGAAGGAUAAGGACAAGGAGAAGGAGAAGGACAAAGACAAAGACAGCAGCUCAAUUGGCUAUCUCUCGUCCGAUGGCAACACUAGCGACUUUAGCUUUGCCAACCUGACCACGCCCACAGCGCCCACACACAACAAUGGCAACAACAGCGACGACCACGAGCUUAGCUCCGAGCUGGAAGAGGUCAGCGAGCGCACGACCACAACAAAACCUGGAGUUGGAGCAGCAGCAGCACCAGCACCAGCAGUCGGUGCUUCACCAAAGAGCGGCAAGCGCGUGGGCUUCUUGUUCGACUCCACGUUGACUGCAUUCUUGAUGAUGGGCAAUCUGUCGCCUGGGCUGAAGAAUCACGCCGUCACCAUGUUCGAGGUGGGCAAACUGUGCGAGGAGAGCCUGGACAGCUUUCUGGCCGAGCUGGAGCAGGUCUCUCUGCUGGACGCCGAGGGCGAGGGCGAUGUCUCACGGUACUUCGCACACGCCGUUAUCUUACGCUCCACCAUCUGUUCGUUGCGUCCGCUGCUGCCGGGUGGACUCGACCUGCUGCGACUGGAGUGCUUGGAGGGCCUCGAUUGGCAGACGCGCGAUCGUGUGCUCGAGAAGAAGUACAAGUUCAUUGUAUCGGCCACGCCGCUGACGGCCACGCUGAGUCACAUGUUUAGCAUUCCGUUUUUCGGGCAGUUUGUGCGCAGCUCCGACGCAAUGCCCAUGUGGAGCAAGCUGUUCUACAACCAUAUCACGGGCUAUGGACCGCCCAGCUUGCUGCUGUGUCGCGGCACGGUGCUCAAGACAUUGCCACGCCUCUUCCUGGGCUAUGGCAAGCUGUUGGUGAACAUACUCCACUCGGACGCCUAUGUGCUCAACUCGGAGAACUUUCGCAAUCUGAACGAUCAGCUAAAGAACGGCUGCAUCCUGCUGCAGGGCUACGGCAUCCGUACGAGUGGCGAGCUGCACUACGAAUCGUUUCCAUUCCAGGCCACCGAUGCGGGCCAGGCCAAGUGGGCCACACAUCGAGCUGUGCAAAAGCUGUCCAGCCUUUUGGAUUUGCGUCAUCAGUGCGGCUACAUAACAUUUCUGAAUACGGGCGUGCCCGAUCUGGGCUGCGAGGAGUACGAGCUGCAGGUGAAGCUGAAGCUGCCGCAGCGCAAGCGUCAGACGCAGGGCGCCGCCGUCGCGUCCGCCAGCAAGUCAAACAGUGUGCCAAAUGAUCAGCUGACCAGCUUUCAGCUGAAGAGUCCCGACGAGAAUCACUUCGCCACGACGCCCGAGCAUGGGCCAGCUAACGAAUACACCUCGGCGGACUGCACCCAGCUGCUGGCCAGCGAGCUGGCCAAAUGCAAUGACCACAGCAGCAGCAGUCGUGGCGAUCUGCUCUCGCAGAGCUCUGUGGAGCUGCCCAUUGGGGAUGCGGCUGCCGAGCCGGAGCCAAACACCGAGGAGUGGACGCUGUUGGAUGUGAACUUCGGUGUGCCGCUCUUCGAUGUGGACACGAAUACGCGCAUCUGCGAACAGCUCGUCCGCCAGCUGAGCAGCGAUGCCAAUCUGCAGGCGCUGCCCGCUGCGGUGCAGCAGGCGCAGCAGCUGUUUCUGGAGUUUGUGCGUCAGUGCCUGCUGUUCGAGGACGAUCCGUCGACGCCCGCCCAGCUGCGAGAGCCACUGCAGCCGGGCAAGGCGCUGCCCCAUCCACGCAUCAAUUUGGCCUUCGAAAACGGACGCGUUGGCUACUGGAACGGUCGCUAAAGGCCGCCCAAACUUAAUCUUCAUGCAUUCCUGCGGCCCCGACCCAAAAUUCUUUUGCCCAGUGCAGCGUACAAGUAUUUUGUUUUAUUUUUGUGUUUCUGUUUCAUUCUGUAUGCUUUAGCCUGUGUUUGCUUAACACACGUUUAUCAGCUUUGCCCCGGGCCUUGUACAGUUAGAGCUAUAUAGAUAUUUAUUUAGAAAAAUAAAUACCUUAUCAGUCCGCUACCCGCUAA